AUGGGAAAGGCGAGGAGGAGAAAUGGCGAAAACUGGGGGGAGGAGUCGUCCCCAGCUGCAGGCGAUGGUCACAGCGACAAGGAGGAGGAGGAGGAUCUCUUUCUCGCCAUGUUCUCGGCUGCAAAUACCGACGAGUGGUCUGCGAUGCUUGUUGGUUGCGGCCUUGUGCGUUCCCUCGUAAACUCAUUACAAGCAUGCCUGGAUGUCCGUAUCACCGCGCGAGGCUUAGACUUGACGAGGGCUUCGCCGGCGAUGAGGCGGUCUGGAUCUGCGACAAUCGGCGGCGAUAGAGGUAGCAGCUGCAGCGCGGGGCUGGACGCUACGCCCGGCGCGGUGCAGGGUGCGGACUUGGCAAAGGAGGAAGAAGAUGGUGAUGGGAUGCCCAGCGUUGACUGGUGUCUUGGGUGCGAGCUUGAGACGGCGCAAGUCGUGGUAAUGAUGGCCUUAGGCGCCCUCCUCUCGGCCCAUCCUCUUGCCGCACGUGAUCGUUUCCAGCGCGCUGGUGGUGCACUUCGCGUUCAUCGAAUCAUUUCUCACCAGCCGGAAAAUUCAGGCAACGACGAGGUGCACGUCUGCGUGUCUUCCGGUCCCGAAGUUGAUGGUGAUGCUGCUGCAGCCCCUGUUUCGGCCUGCCCGUUUUUACAGGAGCACUGUGUCUUGGUGGCUCUGCAGAUGUCGCGGCUGAGCGUCCGCGCUGAAGGUAUGGCAGGGUGUGUGCCGCUCGACGUCCUGCAGGGAGCGGCGCGGGUGGUGGGAGCCCUAUCACCGGCCAUGCGAUCGACCUGGCGUAAGUGCCAGGGUCCAACUGUCACUUGGGGGGAUCUUCGGGAUCAGCCACCCCGCCCGAACCCAACAGAUAAGGACGAGAGGCUUCAGGACAGUGGCCUAGAAGAUCCUGGGAACAACAACAACCAGCGAGGCGUCUUAUCCCACGGGUUGCUGCCUCUAGGUCUUCCCGGAGAAGUUGUUGUGCCGGUAAUCCGUGAGAUCUUUGGCAGCACUACCGAGGGCGGCACGUUUGCAGGAGUAGAAUCGUCCUCGAGGAGCUGCAGUUCUACCGCUGAGGUUCGCCCUUUGUUCGACAGCUCCUCAUAUCGGCUGUGUGGACCACGUCCGGGCCAUCCUCUUUCUUCAUCCCGAUCAGCCUUCGCCGGCACUGGUUGGGUAGCGGAUCGGCUGCAGGUGCUGGCACGCAAUCGGGGGCCUGACGCGGACAAGUUGGUAGACUCUGUUCAUUCUCGGCUGGCGACCUCUUUGGACACUGCUGACAUUUUCAUCAUCGCUCAGGAUGCGUGCCGGAUGUCCAUCGCCCCGACUCUGGAAGCAUGCUUCUUAGGGCCGGAAGAAUGGAAACGCGAGCACGAGGGUGAGGUCGGGAGUUGUGCCGUUGGGGAUCAAAGUUCAGGACAACAGAGAUCGUCUGAGAUCGAGAAGUAUGUGACCUUCUUAGCUAGAGAAAGGAGCAACCGAUCUUGCGACAAAGCGGCCAUGCAAGGGUGCAAGUGGCUGAGGGGUUUGAUUGCGAUGGAGCCUGCCCUGGGCACCAGCCUGGUCGUACCCCCGUCGCUACGCGUGGCUUCUCUUUGCCUUGCGUUCAAGCUGUGCGACCGUGGGAAUGGUCAUGGGUCUGACGAUGCGUGGGUCUCAGAUGGGGCGGGUUGGCCUCUGGUGCAUGCGUCCCUGUCCCUGACAGCAGACAUGGUGGCCACCAAUGAAGGUUUGCUUUUCCAGGCUGCGGUGGCGUAUGCUGUAGAUGCGGACGCGGCGACGGGAAUGUUAACGGCGUUGCCGGGGAAACCCCGACCACAUCGCGCGACGGCUUCAAUGACCUCGGAUGCAUCGAGUUCAGGUCUGCAUGCCGCAAGUGCAUGGUAUACCUCCGCCGGCGGCGAGUCGCACACGCCCGCCAGCAUCAACAGCUUGAGUCCCCGCACAGGUCCAAGCUUUUCGUUCUGUGAUACCCAUGUGGGGCAGCCGCAGCCGAGGCCGCCACGACCACUGCCAGAAGUGCUGUUCAAGGCCGCGUUGGAACCUCGGGCUCGCCGUGCAGUAUUUUAUUGCGCGGCCGCACUGGGAGUUGAGGCCAGCAGGGAAGCAUUGGCGUCGGUAGAUGUCCAACAGCGAGAGACGGCGGUGGCUGUACUCAGUGGACUUGUUGAAGGGUAUAUUUGUCUGUGCGAGCGGGCAGCGGUGGCGACUGUGGCGGGUUCAGCUGCUACGGAUGAUGGGCCGAGGCUCUUACUCGAUGCGUUACACGGUGCGUGUGCGCUUAUGCGUUCGGAGGCACCGCGGAACAUGGGUGAGGCGAGUACCAGCGAUAGAGGCGGCAUUCAGGGCACGUCUGGAGGAGCCGAGAAUGGCCCGUCCUCACGCCCGACGAGACAAGGGGAUACGGGCGUGUUGCCUUUGUUGCAGGAGACGUUUCGAGAGCAUUGGGCGUCGGCCCGCCUGUUGGUCGUGUUGGAGAGUGUUGCGGGUGACCUAGCCGCAUCCAGGUCGACACCCAAUUCAUCAUCCGUGCCGAAGGAGGGAUGCUCAGAGAUCGUGACAGCUUGUCUGUCUCUUUUCACCGCAAUGAUGGCAAGGAACUCCCUCGGAAAGAAGGCAAUUAGACGCGCGCUUUCGGAACACUAUUUCGGAAGGAAGGAUUUGCCUGGGGCAGUGCCAUCGUCAAUGCCCGGCGGUGCCGCUGGUUGGGGCAUCGGGGGUUCAUCGUUUGUCGCCCUGGCGCACCUCGCUGGCGUAGUGUCCGCUGCAUCGAUGUGCGAGUCCUUAGUGGAGAUGUUGAUGGACGGUGAAGUUCCAGAGUGCGUCCUCGAGAUUUCCCAGACAGAGAACGAGAUUGGACGUGACCAGCUGGGUGGAGCCACUAGAAGCGAAGAAGGCCACAAUUGUGGCCCAGAAGGGAGGGAGGAGGAUUCGGGCGCUUCGUCACCUCCCGAAAUUCGAAACCCUUUUGUGGUGCCACUAAUAUUUCAGCUGCUUCCCGACUGGCCUGCUUCAGAGCAAGAAAACAUCCUGAAAGUGUUUCAGUUGCUGCUAAAGGGUGCGGGUGGGGGUACAGUUAACCGGUCCCUGUGCUGCGAUGUUCAACCGGCUCUCAUGGAUCAGCUCCUGCAUAUUCUUCCACGACUCAACGGCAGCGGUAGCAAGUGCGAAGACAGCCUACAAGAGCUCGCAAUCGACCUCGUCCGGCUGUUAGGCUCUCAUUCGAUCAACGUGGCGCAGCUGAAGAAGAUAUUUCGGCUGCUACAACCUCUGUCCGCCGUCAGCACGAAACGCGUGGGAACGUCAUCUACGUCGAUUACCAGUCUCCCUUUGCAGCCACCCUGGAUGUGCAGUCUCCUUCGCGCCCUCCGCGGCAUGAUGGAUGACGAACCUGGGCCGCAACGCUUUUUCCUUCUUGACGGUCUCAACUCCGGCUUGCGUCUGCCGCGGAUGCCCCAUUGGCCGGCCCAGAAGGGCUACACUUUUUGCGCAUGGGUGUGCCUGGAGGUGGGGCCUGAAUCUUCUGGCGAAAGAGAUGACGGAGCUGGCAGCGGCAAUGGAACCAUCCCGGUGGCCGAGGCUCCCUGCCUCUUCAGCUUUUGUGGUGAACAGCGGGGUCAGGGAGUUGCGGCAUGCUUCAUCCCCCUGCGUAAAAAGCGUGGAAGCGUGCAACGCGGCGCCGCCGCACCGACCACGACGUCGACCGCAGAGACCCCACAACAGUAUGCGCUGGAGCUCAGAGUAGGGGCAGGACGGAAGAAGCACCCGGCAAUUGUCCGCUUUCCAGGCAUUGUGGUCACCGCCGUGGCGACAGCAUCCAUAGCCUGCCACUGCCCGCGUCGAGCCAAAGCUGCAGGGGGGAAUUCUACAGAUACAGGAGAGGGCGCGGGUGCCAAGGUCGCCGGCCGGCCGGCAUUGUGCAGUCUCAAGGGGCAGAUGGGGCCGAUCUACCUCUUCGAGGGCAGCGUGUCCGAGUCAUUGCUACGCGGCAUCCGUCAGCUCGGUCCCGGCUACGCUUUCAGCUUUGAGCCCCCUCAGGUGGACUUGCGUGAAGUAGCUUUGCUUCCGACAAGCGAUCCUUCCCUGCAACCGCUGUCGGAGAUGGGGAUGGAGAGCCCAGAGUUGAACACGAAUGGUGGUCUAAAGGAUUGGAACGACGACGGUGAGAGUAGGUCACGUCGUGCCCAAGCAGCGGCUACAGCAGCUGCAGCGGCAGCGCGUCAACACCUGCAUAUAGAGGCUCUCAGUGGCUCCCUGACCUCGCGCAUCCUUCUGGCGUAUAAUCCCAGCGUUUGGGGCGGCGAGUAUUUUCUCGAUAACACUCCGGAGCAUAACCCUGUGAGGUGGACCAAUAGCGGCUCCCAGGCCUCGUCCAGUUGGGGCGGACAGACAGAGCGCCGCCAGAUGAUCUAUUCCAUGGCUGGCAGUCAGGCACACGUUCUCGUUCAGCCUCCUGCCGUAAGCCAGCCCCGUGCGGGCGAUGACGGCGGCGACCUUCGCGCCCGUCGCGCACGGCGUGGUCCUGCUGGAGGGCCCUCGAAUGACCGGCCGGACGCCCCGGCUGGGCGAAGCCGUGGGUGGUCUGGGUGCUCCGGGGGCUCUGGUGUGGACAUCAUUGACCACGAAGGCGAAAGAGCAGUAUUCGUGCGCCCUCGUCGACGGCCGGGUCACAUGCACGCGAUGAGACUUCCGGGCACUCGGGAGUGUGUUACGCGAGACGUGCGGGACGCUUUGGAUUGUCUCGGCGGAGUGAAGGUGCUCUUGCCACUGUUCGCGCAGUACGACCACGGGGUUCAUCGUGGUGGAGCUGCCCGUGUAAGCUACCGGACCGACCCACGGUUGAACGAAAACGUGCUGGCUCUGCUUGUUGGAACGUUGCGAGACAGCGUGCCCAACCAACGCUUUCUGCGUCGAUACGGUGGGCUUUCACUCAUCCCGUUCUGCCUUGAACGGGUGAGUCCGCAACACAUGAACGCGGGGGCUCUUGCGCAAGCGUGUCGGUUGGCAGACCGCCUUGGUGCUUGGAGUGAGGAUUGGGCGGACUCUACGAUCGAAUCGCUCCUUUCGCCAUCCCGCCUUUGGGUCUUCGCUCCAACUGAGGUUCAAAUGACUCUGGUCGGGGUUCUUCGGGGGCUCGCCCGACGGUGCCCCGAUCGAAUGCGUCGCGUGGUCGGGGUGCAGCAGUGUCUGGACGCACUUGAUCUGUACUACUGGUACACUCCACCCGCGAACGAAGGCGAUGACGUCGAUCAAUCAAGCGAAACGAGCCCAGUGGAGGACCCGGCGGCGAAUUCAUCAACGGGCGGAAACCGCCGCAACCGCGGUAGUGUCAAUGAUGAAGGCGACAGUGGCGGUGCGGGUAGCAAAGACUGGUCUUAUGUGUCUCGGCAGUGGGUGCACCCGUCAACAGGAGAGGUUCUCGGGGUCAAGGCUUCAGGCGCGGUGCUCGGGGAUAUACGAGCGCGUUUGCUCGACACAGUUGUUCUCAUGGCAUGCGACGGAGAUGGUGUUUGCAGGGCAGACGUGGCAGCGAUGCUUGGCUUUCUGCGGAGCUGUCGGGACGAUUUGAGCCGCUGCGAAGCGCUGCGACUUAUUCUCCGUUUCACAGAUGACCCUCACCAGGCCGGCCGAUUUGUGGUAGCCUCCGGCUACGUUGCGACUGAGGAGUUCGGUGGCGAAGGUGAUGAUGGUGGUCCCAGUCCCGGCCGCGGGCCUGGUCGGGGUGGCACCGCUGUUUCGCUAUUUUUGUCUCUGGUCCAGGCAUCUGAUCCAACUGUUCGACUUUUGGCGUUCCUGGCAUUAGGGCAGACGCUGAUCGCGUGCCUUCGAAUAGAUUCUGGAAGCAGUGCUGUCGACAACUUGCCAGACACAGAUGAGCCCGCAAAUCAGCAGUUCUCAGCCCACUGCCACAACAGCCGCCAGGAUAGCCCAGCUACCACCGCCCAAAACGCAUUCGCGGCCUCCGCUGCGGCUUCAACGUCGUCGCCACCGCCGCCAAGCACUUCAAUAAUGGUCGAGUUUGCUGGUGGUGCUGAUGCAAAGGCGGAAGAGCUGGUCGUUCUCACGGGAGCUCCGUCUGUUCGGGAAAGCGCCGGCAGAGGGAACGCAGACGAGGCGAACAGUCACAGAGGCCAAAACAGCGGCAGUGGUGGCGCAGACGUGUUGGAACUUCGCGGAGGGGUCUGGGAACAUAUUGGGUUGUCCAGACAUAAAAUCAACGACGUGCUACAGUGGGCCCAGCGGCAGGUUACCGGUGCCGAACAAGUAUCUGCUGCUAUCGCACAAGGAAGGAGUUGGGAGAAGCCCGACGGUCGGCAGCCGAGAACGGUGGGGUCCUCGGAAGAGAGCAAACGGCGGCCGGAGGAAGAAGCGGCGGCAGAAAGUGCGGUGGCGAGGGUCACCAUGGAAGUACUGCAAGGGCUACUGAUUGGUCAACUACCUCGAGGCUUCGCGGCAAGCGUUGUAGACUCGCGGGAGCAUCCUGGAGACUCCAAGGCCCCAACUGUUUCCCCAGCAACCGACCAACCGCUAGACCCGUUUUUUCUGGAACCCCCGCCAAGUUUCUCCACGCAGAAGUCGAGGUCAGGGGAUAGACCAAGUGCUCCGUUACAUCAGCGUUCCCGUUCUCGAUCGUGGCGAACCGGACCAGGAAGGGCAUUGGGGUCGUCAACUUCUGUUCCCCCUCCCCUCUGCAUCCAUCUCCCUGAGGCCUUUCCGGCACUCUGCCAACAAGUGGCGAUGGCGCCGCUGGGGGCUGCGCUGCGUGGAGAAGCUAUCGAGACGCUCGUUGCGGCCGUUCAGAGUCAGCGCAACGCGGAGAUCAUCCUGUGUGUGGAUUCUUGGCAGCAGUACCUUCUGAGCGUAGUUUCGUCGGCGCAGGGCCGGCAAGCAGUUGCCACCGCCGCCGCUAGUGCCUCUGGCAGUGAGAAUUAUCCAGCAAGCCAAAGGACUUCCACGGCCGACCGUACAGCUGGGGAUGGAGAUUCGGGCCGGCACUAUCGGAGAAUCGCCAGUGACGAGGCAGCGAGAGAGGACCAGUUGGUCGAUCGGACAGUGAGGCUCAUCUGUUGGCUGGCCAUGUGCAAGGCUAGAAGCGGGAAGCCUGGAAGACCCGGCGCAGGGUUCACAGAACUUCAGGAUACCAUGUCGUUCCUGCGUUGCCAGGGAGAGCUCGGGACUAUGGCAUGCGUGUCUGUGGGGGAAAGUAUGUUGCGCUACAUGGUGAGCCUGCUGAAACGCGAAGUCGAAUACCUUGAGAGCGAAGUCAACGGCUGGGCGCGCGGCUCUCAUUUGCCCUCUUAUCGACCAAUGCUCGGGUCGGGUGGUGGCCAUCAUGGCGCCGCUGCGGUGCUCGCAUGUGUGUGGCCGUUGGCUGCUCUGGUUGUGGAGUUCGUCACCAUCCCGCCUGUGGCAAACCCGCCUGCCGUUGCCGCGGCAAACGCGCCAACGCCUUCUGCGGCGGCGCUGGCGGUUGUGACCGCAGCAAUUAGCGACGAUGAAGGGUCUUCUCGAUGGAGCGGGGAGUCCCUCACCUGCCAGUCCCCGAUACAGGGAAUCUUACAGUGGCUCGACACAGGUAUGUCACUGCCAUCCUGGCCAUCGCCGGUAACUCCAGAUGCGCGCGCUAAGGUCCCGCGAACGGACAUUUUCUCGCGGGAAGUCCCCGCCACCCCCGCCGCUGGCUGGCGGGCGUGGGAGCUUCUGGAUGCCACGGUGGACCUCAUUGGACCUACGGGAGAUACGUUGUUGUGGGAUGCAAGGUACCGCCAAGGUUUGUGCGACGAGACAGGGGCAACCAGUGGUAUCGGUAAGGGGGUUCACACGGCGAGGACUGUAGACCCUGGCGCCGAAGACGUGCUGGACUGGGGUCGUCGAGAAUGCAGAGGUUUGGGAUUUUCGGCCCACGCUCGUCGCUCUGCUGAGGAUCGCGGAACCCCUGGUGCUCAUAGGAGAGUGAGCGGCGGCGGCGGCGGCAGCAGUGGAACUGGCUUUCUCGGGGUUUAUCGUACGACGCGGUUCAUAGACAGCAAGGGGAAGACAGCAAACCCACUCGCCGACGCAGGUGAUGUCCCAUGGAUGCUCGUGCGGAUUCUGCUGGCGGUAUUUGUCGGCGGAGGCGCCGCUGGAGGGCACACAGAAGAUGACACCACGAAGGAGAACCCCAGCCGGCGGAAAAGUGGCAGCAUUGGCGGCAGCAGCGGGAAGUUUGGUGGCGGUAGGGGCAAGGGAGGCGGCGGUGCCGGCAACGGCCCCCCGAGCACCGCUCUCGUGGCCCUUCAACGCUUGAUUGCUCUGUUGAACAGCCUAGAGUCGUCGGGCUACGAGCACUUCGAGUUCGAGGUGUUGAACGUGGCGGCUAGAGUGUCAACGGCGCUGCGCACGACAUGCUUGACUCCGAAAUCGGCUUGGGUCUUGGGUGCCCUACAGCUUUUGGCCAAGUGCCUGGCCACCCAGGGUGCUCAGAUCGAAAACUUGCUUGUGGCCGCCGAAGAACGACUUAUCGCUCGAGACGAUUCCGAACGAAAACCAAGGGCCCCAUCUGCGCCGAGACAAACAUCAGGCAAUACCCCUGCACUGCAGCCAGUGCUGACGCCGCGCGCCCGUCUCUCAUUCAGUCGUCGAUCGAAGCCGAAGUUCUGGCUGUGGGACCUCCUGACGGGAGGAGGUGGCAACGGCAGUCGACGACGGCGCAUCACGCCCGAGGGUGUGUUGCAUCAGAUAGCGGCGGAAACGCCGUCUCUAGCUGCUGUCCCUUCGGCCGACCUUGCGCUUGAAAUUAUUCGUCGAACGUUGGGCAUCGAGCUCCCGGGCAGGAGCCAACAGGGGCCGGAGCGUACAAGAAAACGCGGAGGUGGUGUAUCGAACACUGCCACUGCGGCACCGCUCACGUGGGACUUGCUGGAAGCUGCGUUUGAGCCCAUUUCGGAAGACGGAGGGGGCCACGAAGCGACGGGGCUCGCGCGUCGGUUUGACCGAGGGGGGAUGCACAAGCUCGCUCUGCAGACGCUUGUGCGUGUCCGUGCGCUGGAGGGUCGUGGAGGUGAAGCCGGGAUCCGAGUGCCCGCUGACGUGCUGAAGUUGAUGACGGCUGUGAAGGGCAUGGAGACCAGCAGGGCGUUGGCGCUUGCAGAGGCAAAGGAGAGAGCCACAACCCGCCGGCAGGCGCAGUGGGAGGUCGUGCUCAAACAGCUUGCGACCGAAAGAGGGCCGUGGGGUCGUGGCGUGAAGGCCCUUGGUCUCGAUUCUGUAUACUGGACUCUUAGCACUCGUGAGGAUGACCACGGACGCCGACUCAAGCUCAUUCGGAAUCCCUCCGGUAGCCUGCACACCAUCGCUAGCGAGCGUACGCGGGGGGCGACAAGAACCUCGCCGUUGUCCUCCCGGUCGUCGUUGCGGGCAGCUGGUGGGCGGAGGACGUCGCUGAAGACACUUUUCAGCACCAUGAGCGGAAGCGAUGCGUUUGGGGAUGCUGCGGUGGCCGAUGGUACCGCUCUCCAAGGACAUGCAGGCGAGUAUGCCCAUGCCGGGGUUGAUGAGGGGCACGAGGUGCUUGAGGAUAGACUCGGCAGCCGCAAGCGAUCGGACGUCCGGGAGAUGUCGGCGCAGACCAGCCUUUGGCGAGAUCUGUGCAAGUACCAGCAGAAAAGUUUACGGGUGAGGAGGAGCGGCGAGGGGUUGGGGGAACAAGCGGAGGAGACGGAGGAGGAAGACGAGGAGGAAGAAGACGAGGAACAGGAAUACGAGUCAGAGUAUGGUGAAGAUGACCCAGGCAGCAGCAGCGAUGCUGAGGGGAGCAGCGAUGUCGAUGUUACCAGGGACGGAUCGCAUCGGAACCGACGCGACACAUCCGCGACUUUCUCCAGCGCGGGGGACGUUGUGCGCGCGUCGUGCGUGACCCCUGGCACUAUUCUCGUAGAGGGCCACCGUUUGGUAUUUACACGGUUGCCAGAUGCAAAUGCUACCAGCAUGGAAGGAGACAACACCGGUGGCGGGGGUAACAGACAAGGGGGCGAGGUUCACGACAACUACCGAUGGGCCCUGCGACCUGCGCCGACCUCCUCAUGGUCCACCUCAGGGCUACGCCGUAUGUUGUUCCGCCCGUACGGUGGAAUGCGCUUUGCGGCGCUGGAGAUGUGGUUCAGGGGCCACGGGACCAGCGACGAGGGUGGAGCGGAAGGCUCACUUUUGCUCGGUCUUCCCAGUGAUUCCCUAGCAAACAGCCUGUUCCGGGCCCUCCGGCGUACGAGACCACCUUCGCUCGAGCCGUUCCUCGGCCGUCUCCCAGCAACGGUGGUCGCGCGGUCGAAGGCAAAUACAUGGGGUGCUUCCGCGGCGGGAGGGAGUGGGAUGUUCGUGGGCGCCUACGGUGAUGGGCGUAGCGGCACCAGUGGCGUCGGUGGUGGGGGUGGCAGCGGGACGAAAGCUGUGUCGGCCGCGGCCGAGAUGGCACGCACACCCCUUACGCAGGCGUGGGCACGUCGACGGUGUGGCGUUACGAAUUUCGAUUACCUGCGAGGGCUUAACGCUGCAGCUGGGCGAACGACUUCAGAUCUGUCCAGAUACCCGGUGUUUCCGUGGGUGCUAUCGGAGAGAGCGUGGGCAGCGGAGGAGCUGGAUCUGAAAGAUGAGCGCAAUUUCCGGGAUCUGGCAUGGCCAAUGGGGGCCCAGCGGCCAGAGCAGCGAGAGAUGCUCCACAUGCGUUUCACCGAGCUCGAGCGGAGCUACCUGGAGGAGCAGAGUAUGGGUGGCGAGCGUGCUGAAAUGGCCCUCCCGCCGUUCCACCACGGGACCCACUACUCAACCAGCGCUUACGUGAUGUGGUUUCUCAUGCGCCUUGAGCCAUUUACAUCGCUGCAUAUCCACCUUCAGGACGGGCGGUUUGACAAGGCAGACCGCCUCUUCCAGUCUCUCCCCGACGCCUACCGAUCGUGCACUCACAACCCAGGCGACGUAAAGGAAGCCAUACCCGAGCUGUACUACCUGCCGGAGCUCUUCGUCAACGCCACUGGGUUCGACCUCGGCUGCACCCAGGCCACCGGAAAGCCGGUGGGAGACGUGGAACUCCCUCGGUGGGCUCAUGGAGACCCGUGGGAGUUCGUGAGGCGUCAUCGAGAGGCGUUGGAGAGCGAGCACGUCAGCCUGCGGUUGCACCGGUGGAUCGACCUGGUUUUCGGCUAUCGGCAACUGCCGCCGGCGCUGGACAGGGGUCAGCGCGGGGCCGUGGAUUCUUGCAACGUCUUCUUUCACCUCACGUACCCCGGGGCGGUGGAUUUACCGCGAUUGCGUGAGCAGGAUUCACAGCUCUACGAGUCGACGAUGAGGCAGAUCGAAGAGUUCGGACAGGCCCCAGCUCAGCUGUUCAAGUCACCCCACCCUCGUCGCCUCUCAAUGGCAGAAGCAGAGGUGGUGCGACCCCUAGCAAGCCCUGUCCCGGGGUCCAACACAGAACCGCUUGCAGAGGCAAACAUCCCCUCGGUGACUGGCUCUUCUGCGGGCGUAGCCGCCGAAGUUGACGGCGCUUCGGCGGCGAGGAUGGGAACGGCGCCGCCGCCGCGUUCACACAACGUGGUGAGCUAUCCGAGGGAAAGUGUCAGCCGGGGCGCUGUGCUAGUGGUCACUGACCUACUCCCCUGGGCAGAGCGCCUCGUGACGGUAGAUACACGCCGCGCGAUCGGGUUCCACGGAUGGCGCACCCUGCCUCCGGAGAGAAGCCCGCCUUUCCGACUGCGGGCAGAAGCGGUAGAGGUGGGCGACGACCCACGGGAAAAUGACGGAGGAAGGAUCUCGGGAGACAACGGCGGCGGCGGUUUGGUGGGCGCUGGAGGAGGAGGGGCAGGACCACGGGGGGCGGGGAGUAUUCCAGUGCGCCGCUUUGGCGUGCCGUUCGCCCCCGAUGGGGUGGCUUCUUCCAGGCUGCUCGAACCGCCGCCCCUUGACGGCCGCUGCGGCGAUUAUGGCCUAGGCGGUGAUGACGACGGUGAUGUUGUCUUCACCCGUCCGCUGGGAGGUCUCGGAGGGUCCCACGUCUCCCUUGCUUCCAUGGGAUCGCUCUUGUCCCUCCCUCAAGCUUCUGUGCCGGCUUCUCAGCCGCCACAGCAGCUUUCGUAUCCAGAGGACCAGCACGCGAAGGCGAAGUCGUCCUCGUGUUCGUCUUCGGGAGGGCCGCCGCUAGAUGCUUACGACGGCCACCACCACGACGAUCGGCAGCAAGACCAUGAGCCGGCCGGCUCCCCCGUCCCUGUUCACACAAGGGGUGAAGGCUGGAAUCGACGUAUCGGUGAGGGUGUGGGCGGCGGUGUGGGCCUUGGGUCGCACCUAUUCGCCAUCCUCGCGGAAUCUUACCUGCUGUUCAGCGGCGGCCAUUGGGACUCGUCGUUCCGCGCCACAGCGCUCGACACGGGGCGGCUUGUGGUCUCGAUCGCGCGUCACCGCGACGUGGUAACGAGCCUGUCUUUAGCCGACGGAGGCAAAGGGUGCCGGAGACUCGUGACGGCAUCGAGAGACACCACUCUUAUGGUGUGGAGGGUAGAAGACACUGCCGGGGAGCGAGCCCCCCCGGUGUCGCCGUCUUCCCUCCUUCAUGUCCUUUACGGGCACGACACUCCGGUGACUUGUGUCUGCGCCCGGGCGGACCUGGACGCCAUUGUGAGUUCCGGUGAGGAUGGCACUGUUGUGGUGCACACCCUAUGGGGGGGGGAGUACGUGCGAACGAUAACACCGCAGGGCGACGCUUCGCCGACUGAACUGACGGCCCUCGACGCGUCUGGGCUCGGCAGUCUUGUUGAAUCUGCGGAAAACGGCCGACAUGGAGAUGGAUGCAGCAACAGGGUCCGAGACGAUGAGGAGGAAGGCACGACCUCGCGCAGCUCACGGUGCCCCGGGGUAGACGGUGCGGCAGCGACGCCGACAAAAGUGUUCAGGGGCAGAAACCUGCCCCCGCCGUGGGCCUCUGUAGAGUGGGUUGGACUGUCGGCGGCUGGCUAUGUCGUUGCUUACUCACCAGCAGACGCAACCCUACGGUCUUACACUGUUAACGGGCACCCGUUGGGGGCGGUACAGGUGACGAAGGCAGAAGCGGGUCCGCUGCGGGCGUUUGUGUUUUCCGAGGACGGCACGGUGUUGUUGUCAGGUGGCCACGAUCGCGUCGUAACCCUGCGUUGGGCGUACAGUCUUGCCCUGGCGGACGACGGCAGCCGGAAAGGGUGUGGGUUGGCCGUGCUUGAUGGGGCCGGCCCCCCAUUGGCUGGGGUACCCGCCGCAAGCGCGGGCGUGCCGAAGUUUGCUUCUGCGGUGCGAGCUCUGGCACUGACUGCCGGGGAACGGCACUUGUUGGUGGGCCUAGAGGAUGGGACUCUUGGUGUUUUGGCGCUGGACGCCAACUAUCUACGGCAGCGGUUACGCUCCAAGCUUGACCAGUUGGGUAUUUGAAAGCACGAGAGGCAGGAAGAGAUGAUGCCUUGCUGGCGGAACUGGUGGUUAGUUCCUUGAGCUGUGCGCGUGUGUGUUGGCGCUCAUGUUUGCUGCCAGGCCAGUGCAACCGUAGUGUUGGCGGCGAAGACCGGCCGCUAAAGGAGGGAACAGUCACAGGAUAACGGGAGAGGGUAAGGGUGUCUUUUAAAGUGGGCGUUUUGUUGACGACGCAGAAGUUUGGGUGCUGCAACCCUGUUUUUUUUAGCUCGGUUUCAGAACGUGAUGGUGGUUCCUCAUCAUGUGACGGGUAUUUGAUGUACGUAGUAGGAGCACCAUGCGUGUGCACACAUAUGCGCGUGCCCAUGGACGAUCAAAAGGUGUAAUUGGUAAACGCUUGUAUUUUGUGAAUAAUAAACGGUAGCUUCAGCGAUAGAUUCAUGUAUCACUGUGUUUGUUGUUAUCUUCAAACACGCAUUGCUGUUGUUAAUGUCUUGCGCAGAAUAUUUAAGUGUGUGUAUGCUUCUGUCGUAGUAUGUACAAGGUGUUCGGUCUUGUUCUUCUAAGCGAGUGUUGUGUCAUUUGAUUGUACUUUGUGUUGUGUUUGAUUACGUCUGUAACGUCUUCCUCACACCCACAUGUUGUGGAGGGGGCCGACCUGGUUGGUGGACAGCCUGAAGAUGAGCAGGCCCAGGCCUCGUGGGGAUACAGAUAUCGUGCAUUAUUAUUAUUGUGUUUGAAGGAGGCAUACCCAUUGUUGUUUGAUUCAGCCUGCGAGUCUUAUUCAUAGGUCCUUGCGUGUUUUGCUUUUUCGCCCGCUGGGUUUUUGCAUUGUUGUUGUGAAGGUUAUUUGUCGGCAGUGGGCGUAUCGCGGUGUUUCGAGGUCUAUUUUUUUCGUACCAUGCGUGGGAGUCUGUGGCUGCAGAAUUUGUGUGUGUUCUUCGAGUACGCAAGAAGCGGUAUCAGAUGGAGGCCAGAAAGAAAGUGAAAACAGUUAUCAUCAUAU